CAAUCAAGUAUUGUUUUUUAUUCAAUCAUGUUCUCUAAGUUGGUAGCUCUUUGCGCUGUAGUGGCGGUGUCCUCAGCCGGACUCCUGCCUGCUCCCGUACACUACUCUUCAGCGGCAGCCGUCUCCUCCCAGAGCAUUGUACGUCACGACGAGCACGCCACCCCAGUCGCUUACCAUGCCGCCCCUGCUGCCGUUGCCUACCACGCCGCUCCCGCAGCCGUUGCCUACCACGCUGCACCCGCUGCCGUCACUUACCACGCUGCCCCUGCUCCCGUCGCCUACCACGCCGCUCCUGCUGCCGUCGCGUACCACGCCGCUCCCGUCGCUAAAGUGAUUGCCCAGCCUGAGGAAAUCGCUUACCCCAAGUACGAGUACAAUUACUCUGUUGCUGACGGACACACCGGUGACAACAAGCAACAACAAGAAUCCCGUGAUGGUGAUGUCGUUAAGGGAUCGUACUCCUUCCAAGAAGCUGACGGCUCUACCAGAACAGUAGAGUACUCCGCUGACGACCACAGUGGCUUCAACGCCGUAGUGCACAACAGCGCUCCCACCGCCGCCCCCGCUUACAUUAAGGCCGCACCAGUUGUCGUCAAGACUCCCGUCUACGCUGCCCCAGCUCUUCACUACUACCACUAACCGACUGAUUAGUAGUGGUUCCUUACUUUUAUGAUUGUUAUCUAUUUAUUUAAUGAAAUAAACAUAUUGUUUCGAUGAA